GACAUGUUGAGCGUGUCGCUGGACGAUGUCGUUAGGCAGAAUCGGAAGGAGAUUAGGAAGCAGAGGGGCUCGGUGAGGCACCGUCGUGCCUACAGGAGGUUUUACCCGUAUAAUCGUCGUGAGAGGCAGUCGUCUGCGGAUGACGGAGCUAGGUGGGAGAACGACAAGUUCGAAGCGCACGAGAGGGGCGUUCAGCUGAGCCGAAGUCUCAGAAGGGCCAGAGAAGAGCGGAGUUACAAGGUCAGAGUUCAAGGCGUGGCAGAUGGUGUGACCAUGGAAGAGCUCGAGGAGUUGUUUAGCGCCGUGGGGACCAUCAAGCACAUCAGAACCCAUAGGCGAACCGGCGCGGUGAUCAUCUAUUUCGACACCAAGAAGGCUGCUCUAAACGCAGUUGAACUUUACAAUGGAAAGUCCCUAGAUGAAUCUUCAUCCAUGACUUUGAAAGUCGACUACAUUCCUUACCUCGGCUCGGCUUCGGGCGGGCCCUCUUCUUCUAGGGGCCUCUUCAAGAAUUUCUACGAGGAGGACAGCGUUCGAAACAUCACUGUAACAGUUCUGUAGCUUUGUGAAUACAACACCCAGUCCCAGUUGGCACCACGCACUUUUGUGUGUG